AUGUUCAGACCAGUGUUAAAUCAAACGACUCGAGAUGUGAGUCGGAGAAUGCAAUCUACAAAGUCCAAUCCAUUCGAAGCAUUCGCUGCUCAGCUCAAUAACAACAAGAAUAAACCAAGAUCAACCACAUCAAGAUCUAGAAAUGAUAAACAAGAUACCUCUGGUUUUAAUAAAGAUGUCAUGAAAGGGCUUCUAUCUGGUGUUGGUGAAAAAAAUCUGGAUUCCAAGCCAAAGCGUGACAAUAACAACAAAAAUAAUAAUAAUAGAUUCAAUAAUGAUAGAUUCAGUAGUGAUAGAUUCAAUAAUAAUAGAUUCAACAAUAAUAGAUUCAACAAUAAAAGAGAUGACAUUCAAAGAUCAGGUCAAGAUAAACCAAGAUUCAAUACUGGUGAUAUCCCAAGAGCACAAAAUAAUAAUACAAACUCAAAUCCAGCUGAUGAUUUAGCGGCAUUUUCUAGUUUUUUGAGUGGUGCUAAUAAGAGCCCAGCUUCAAAUGGUAAAAAUCGAACAUUUGAUAGAAAUGAUAAUAUCAGAGGAAAUCUUGGUACUAAUCAAGAUAAUCAACCAAGAAGAUUUCAAAACUUUGAAAGAGGAAACGAUAAUAUUAGAAAUUCUCCUAGAUUCAAUCAAAAUAAUAGAAAUGAUUUCCAACGUAAUGAUACAAAACAAUCAAAACCAUGGAGAAGAAAUGAACCACAAGAACCAGAGAUACCAAAAUGGGAAUAUGGUACGGAUUUAGAGAAAGAUUAUAUGAAUCAAGUAUUGAAAACUGUUUAUGAAACACACCCAGAAGGUAAUAUUAAAUUUAUUUCUGAAAAUGGUGAUAUUGAAGAUAGUACAAUAUUAAGAUACUUUGAUAUAGUACCACAGGGGAAAGUUAUGGGUAUUGUUAAUAUUCAAGAAGAUGAAAUAACUAAAGAAAAAAUUGCAGUCAUUAAAUAUUUUGAAAGAGUUUCCAAGAUUAAACAAUUUUCUGAUGAACGUGCAAAAGAAUUAACUGAACAAUUUGGUAGAACUAAAGUAAGUAAAAGAAAAGAUCAAAAUGUUAAACAUGUUAAAGUUACUUGGGAAAUUUCUCAAAGUGAUUUAGAUAAUCAAAAGACAAAUGAAAUUAAUGGUCAUUUAAGUAAAGGUCAUAAACUCCAGAUUGUUAUUGGUGAAAAAAGAGGAAUGAAUAGACGUGUUUUUGAUGAUGAUAUCAAAGAUAAAGAAAUUGAUGAAGAUGCUGAAAUUGAUGAAAUGGAAGAAAUUGAAGAAGAGAUUCAAUUAAAUGAUUUAGAAGAGAGAAGAAGAAAUAAAGUUUUAGAUCAAAUUAAGUUAAUUUUCAACGAAAAGGCAACAAUAGAAGUUAAAGGUCAACUUUCAAAACGUAUUUCAAUAACUGCAACACCACUUGAAAAACAAAGUGAUAAGAAAGGAGAUGUUAAAAAUGAUAAAGAUGCUAAAAAAUUAGCGAGACAAGAAAAAGAAAGACAAAGAUUAGAGAAAAAAAAAGCUAAAGAAGAAGAAAAAAAGAAAAGAGCUGCUGAAUUCUUACAAUCCAUAGAAAACUAA